UUCAAAAAUAGAUUCACAUUUUAGGAUAAGUCUUGUUUUUCUUUCAAAAGAGGAAAGAAAAGAAAAAUUAAAAAAAUAAUAUUUUUCUUCUAAUUUGGGUUAAUAAAUAAGCUAGUAUUUUUUCUUAGUUACAUUUUGUUUUUGGACUAGCUCUUUAGCUAUUCUGCAUUCUUAUUAGUCUAAACAUAGUUAGUUAGUAUUCUUUUUUUAUCUUUAUAUUUUAAACAUAAAAAAAGGACCAAAAAGAAAAAAAAAAAAGUAAAUCAAAACCUAACCUAAAAAAUAAACUCACCAGCACUUACGUUACCCUACUCCUAUCCACCAAAAAAAUAAUUCCAAAAAAACUAAUCCCCUUAACCCCCUCUCCCUAAUAACUCUCAGCAAUACUUAUCUUCCAUUCUCCCACUCUUACACGAUUGCUCACCAAUACACAUGCACACAACCAUCUACACAUACACACACCUAUAUAAACGCAUAUACACGCACAGAAACGAUACAUACAAAAAAAAAAAAAAAAAAGAACAACAGAGAGUAAAAAAAAAAAAACACAUCAGAAGCAGUAGAGAAUUUAUUUUUAGAGAAAACAGUAAAAAUAGAGCAAAACAGUGAGCAAAAAAAUACCGAGAGAUAAAGAAUACCAGUAUUCGAAAAGGUUUUUCUUUGAAAAUUAAGUUGGAGUUCGAGGUUUUCCGUUUCGCGGUUUCGAGUUCGCGGACUUGAAGUUAGUCGUUAUUAACUGGGAAAUCGGUAGAAUAUUGUAGCUUCAUAUUAUUAUUUUUCAGCGAGGUAUUUACGCAAAGGCCAAAAUGAUACCGAAGAGAUGUGAUAAGAGGCCAAGAGAUGAAGCAGUUGAAGAAGUCAAUGAACCCCCAGAGUUUAUGAUUGCAAACAAAACCCCACCGCUACUCUUGGCUUGGUGGAACGACAUGGGUCAUUAUCUACAGACCUCGAUAUUUAAACAUCUGGCAUUCCUCACAGAUAUUAUGAGAAUCAGCCCUGACAGGGACCUAAUUGCGGCUUUAAUUCCGUUCUGGGACUCUGCAAACAACGUCUUCCGCUUUAGAGAUUUUGAGUUGACUCCUACACUGGAAGAACUAGGUGGUUUCACGGGGUUAGGAAAGAACCUUCGUAACAAAACGCCUCUAGCUCCAAGAAAUGUUAGUGGAAAUAAUGUUUUGGAGCAAAUACACCUUAACCACCCUCGUAUGUUAUGUUUGGACAAUGGAUGGGUUACUUUGGAGUUCUUAUAUGCGAGAUAUGGAAACAAACAAGGAUUUCUACAAUAUGGAAAGCAACUAAAAAAUGGGAAUCACUACUUUACAUGGGAAAAGCAUAGGCAAGAAGAAUUCAUGGUAGCAUUCCUGGGAACCAUGGUUUUUCCUAGACGAGACAGAAAAAUCGACAUUCGUUUGUCUGGGAUAGUCACAGCUAUGAUGAAGAGAGAAGAUUCCACCAUCUUACCAAUGAUCCUAGCUGAUAUAUAUCAUGCUUUGACUGAAUGCAGAGAGGGUGAAAAAUAUUUUGAAGGUUGUAACACUUUAUUACAAGUGUGGUUUCUAGAGCACUUAUACCGCCAUCAUUACCAGUCAAAAUUCAAAUCGGAUUGGAAGAGCAAUAUCUUAGAUCAUCUAGAUAGGGUGGAGGAAUUAAGGAAAAAUUUGCCAGAAGGCGUCAAGGCUUGGGCAGAGUAUCUUCGUGAGUUGACAGCUUCUCAGAUUACUUGGAAUUAUCAUUGGUUUCCUUCGGCUGAGGUGAUCUGCAUGUCUUUUUAUCGGCCCUUUUUUGUUCUAAUGGGCCUCAGAGGGUUUCAGCCGUAUGCUCCACUUCGAGUUUUACGCCAGCUAGGUCGGAGGCAAAUCGUACCUAUUGUUGAGAACAUGCAGAAUUUUGUAUGGGAGGUAAAAUCAGAAGAUCGGCGUCGAGAAUUAGAAGCUAAAAGAAUUUGGGGCGGCCAUCGGGUCCUAGGUUUGAGUACAAUGAUAGAGGAUCGUGAUCAAGGAGAGGUAGAUCUCUUGUACUUUCACUGGUUUCAUGAUCAAGCUCCCCUCAAGGUUAGGCCUGAAGGGUCUGUAAAAGAAGCAAGAGACAAGGAGGCAGAGGUUGAGGUCAGAAUCAAGCAAGCUCGAUUUGAAGUUGAAGAGAACUAUCAGUCCACUCUACAUGCUAUCGAUAAAGAACUAAAAACUGCUAGAGAGGAUUUGGCCCAGAUGGAGGUAGAGAUGGGUGCUAGAGCUAGAGCAGCCCAAAAAACGGCUGAGAGGAAACAUCGCUCUACAAUUCAGACCUUAUACGAGGAUUUGGGCAUUGUUAGAGAAGUCGUUGAUGUGUUACAGAGGGAACUCGAUAAGAAGGGAGACUUCUUUGAUGCGGAGAAAGCGCGUUUUGAAGACGAGAAAGCUCAAUUCUUGGCCCUGCAAACUCGACAACAAGCUGAAUUCGAUAAAGAGAGAGUUCAGUUUGAUGUAGAAAGGAACCAAUUAAUGAAUGACCGAGAAAGGAUUCGAAACCAGCUUGAAUUGGCAUUGCACCGUGAGGUAGGUAUAAGAGAGAUAGCCAAUACUCGCCAGCAGCAAGUCCAAGACCCGGAGCGGAAUUAUCGAGAUGUUAGAGAACAUGUCCACAAUUUAGCUGUUCAUGUUGCUCAAAGUUGUCUGGACUGUCAGGGGAUGGGUUAUGAGCAAUUUGCUAGAGAGGUGCCUACCUUCGCACGCCACUUCACAGCAGAACUGAAGCAGAUAUAUCGCAUGUUAGGGGGUCAGCCUGGGCCAGAAGCACCAUGAGCAGAUAUGCAUUAGUUCACAUACAAUAUUGAGGAUUUCGCAAGAUUGAAGUUUAGUUAUAAUUAUUAGGAGUUCUAGUUCAGUAGUUGUAUUUUGAGACUGACUCUUUUCGAGUCUUUAUUUUUAGUUUGUUUUGGAUAUUCUAGUCCCGAUUUAGUCUUUUCAGUCUAUGGUGCCUUUCUUUUUGGUUAUUUUCCUUUACGUCUUUGUAUUGAAAAAUACUAAUUUGAAAGUCAAUAAAAAUAUUUUUAGUUGAUUCAAAAAAUCCAAAUUUGUUCUUUUUCAUGAACUACGUAAUGAUCUGAUUCAUGUUUAACAUGAUACGUAGGCAUCCCUUAAUGGGUUCGAUCAAAAUAAUU